UUAUCUUGGAAAGGUUGAUGGCCUUAUCCGACUCAUGGAAGGAGAUCAUACUGGACCAAUUAACAUUGGAAACCCAGGUGAAUUCACAAUGAUGGAACUUGCCAAAACUGUGCAGGAGUUAAUUAAUCCCUCCGUGCCAAUCAAAGUCGUGGAUAACACUCCAGACGAUCCGCGGCAGAGGAAGCCCGACAUCACGAAAGCCAAGGAAUUGCUAGGUUGGGAGCCCACGGUCACAUUGCGAGAGGGCCUUCCGCUGAUGGAACAUAACUUCAGGGUGCGGCUCGGUGUUCAGAAGAAGUGCCAAACAUAGAUACAAUCUAGUUCAUACAUGUUUAUAUGCCCUCAAUAGCCAGAAGGUGACUAUUAAAUUGGCCUCUGAAAAUGGGACCCAUGCUUUCUCACACCCAUCCAAUGGCUGCAAGGUAAUUUGCUGCCUGUGUGCCCCACCACAUACCAUCAGUCCCUUAGUGUUUCUUUACUAGUGUUUAUGGGUUUAUGAUUAUUACCCUAUCAGUCAAAUGAAUAUAUUGGUUUUCUUCAGUACCUCUACAAAUGUGCCCCCUGGCAUGGUAUGGAAACUAAGUUUUUCUUUC